CCCGCAUUUGGCGGCGGUGGCGCCUGCAUAAUCGCAAAUAUGGCGGCAUCCAAUAUCAAGCUUCCUCGGAGGCUCCCUUUACUUGUUAUUGAUGGAGUGCUGUUUCCUGGGGCUUCGAUAAGGAUCCCCGUGUCAUCUUCACGAAACAUGAGCAUGGUGAAGCAUCACCUACUGAGCCAUAGCACCUUGAGCAGUGCCAUCAUUGGUGUAGUGCCGAAAGAAGAUGACAGUGCAAGUGAGGAAGAUACCUGGUCAAUGCACCACAUGGGGACAGCUGGCAUUGUGGUGCAAGUGACUGGGACAAACUGGCCUCGUCCUUCUUACACUCUCCUGGUCACGGGGCUGUGCCGCUUUCGCUUAGAGAGCCUUGUUCAAGAGACCCCAUACCUCGUGGGUAAUGUUUCUCAGCUGGACCACUUACCUGGUGAAGAUACCGACAUGGAGGAAUACAGUGCUGAGCUAGGAGAUCUUAUGGACCAGUUUCGUGAGCAAGCUACAAAGUUGAUAGACAUGCUUGAUUUGUCCAUGCCAGCCAUUGUGAGACUGAAGCGUUUAUUCGCAUCACUUCCAGUGCAGAGUCUUCCAGAUAUAUGUGCAGCCAUUGUUCGAGCUUCUCAUGCGGAACGACUGCAAGUGCUUGAUGCUGUAAACCUGGGUGAACGUUUUACGCAGACUUUGCCGCUGCUUAUUCGACAGAUUCAGGGACUCCAGCUGCUCCAGCAAGCCAAGAAGGAUGGUAGUGUGACUCGAACUUUCCGCAUGGAAAAGGUGCUGCCUCUUCCACGCUCAAGACAACAGCUGGACAUUGAUGACGAUGACUUUGAGGAGGGAGAUGAUGUUGCUCUGCUGGAGAAGAAGAUCAAAGCUGCUGAGAUGCCAGAUCAUGCACGCAAGGUUGCAGCCAAGGAAUUGCAGAGGCUGAAGAAGAUGCCACCGCACAUGCCAGAGCAUGCAAUGACAAGAAACUACAUUGAACUUCUAACUGAUCUCCCAUGGGCUAAGUGUUCUGCAGAACUGACUGACCUAAAAAAAUCGAGAGCUGACCUUGAUGCUGACCAUUAUGGCAUGGAGAAGCUAAAGAAACGUGUUCUGGAGUAUCUCGCUGUACGAAAACUAAAAAGUUCCUUGAAAGGGCCCAUUCUGUGCUUUGUUGGGCCCCCUGGAGUGGGGAAGACAAGUGUUGGCCGUUCAAUAGCAAGAUCACUUGGUCGUGAAUUCUACAGGAUAUCGUUGGGUGGUGUUAGUGACCAGGCUGAUAUCCGGGGUCAUAGGAGGACGUACAUUGGAUCUAUGCCUGGAAGGAUAAUUCAGGGCCUCCGAACUGUGGGAGUCAAAAAUCCUGUUUUCCUGCUAGAUGAAAUUGACAAAAUGACACCAGGGAUACAUGGAGAUCCUGCAGCGGCUUUGUUGGAAGUUCUCGACCCUGAGCAGAAUUGCGCUUUUAUUGACCACUAUCUCAACAUUCCAUAUGACCUCUCUGAUGUGCUCUUCAUUGCCACUGCAAACACGAUCUCAACUGUACCUCCUGCUUUAUUGGACAGAAUGGAGGUGAUAUCAGUACCUGGAUAUACUUAUGAGGAAAAGGACCACAUUACAAAGCACCACCUCCUUCCCAAGCAAAUGCGUGAACACGGACUUUCUAAUAGCAUGAUGACUGUCUCCGAUGAAGCUAUUAGGAAGCUAAUUGUAAGCUACACAAGAGAAGCUGGAGUGAGAUCAUUGGAGAGAAAAAUUGGAGCCCUGUGUCGAGCCGUUGCCGUAGAGAUAGUAGAGCACAAGGGCACUGAAAGCCAUCUCACUGUCCCAGGCAGCAAGUCACAGGACUUGUGUACAGUUGACAACGCAGUUAUGGCUGGCCAUCCUCCUUCUCUUCCAUUGAAUGUUGAUGAAAUGGCAGUGGAAGCUAUACUAGGGCCGCCGUUGUAUGACCUUGAAAUGGACGCCCGGUUGCUUCAGCCCGGAGUGGCUGUUGGUCUGGCAUGGACUAUAGCAGGUGGCGAGAUAAUGUUUGUCGAGGCUUCACGAAUGGAAGGGGAUGGACGGCUAGUUUUGACAGGGCAGCUGGGAGAUGUCAUGAAAGAGUCUGCUAAGUUGGCUCUAAACUGGCUACGUAUCAAUGCUGAACAUUUUGAUAUCCCAGUACAACAUGGUACAGACCUCAUGGAAGGCACAGAUGUUCACAUUCACUUCCCUGCUGGUGCAGUAGGCAAAGACGGGCCUUCGGCUGGUGUUACCAUUGUCACCGUUCUUGUGUCUCUUUUCACGAAACGAAUUGUACUUCCAGAUAUAGCCAUGACUGGGGAAAUUACUCUUCAGGGUCUUGUACUGCCGGUCGGUGGCAUCAAAGACAAAGUAUUGGCUGCCCACCGGGCAGGCAUGCGCAAGGUAAUACUUCCAAAGAGAAACAAGAAGGAUUUACUAGAAGUACCGGAUUCCAUAAAGAAUGAUCUCACAUUUCAUCUUGUGAUGCAUGUUGGUGAAGUUCUCCAAGUGGCAUUUGAGGGAGGGUUCCCAAACUUGCCAGCAAGUGCAGAGCUGGCAAGUAAGCUUUAGCACAGGUGAUGUAAAAAUCUCAUUGAAUUAUGGAGGUUGCUGCUCGGCAGUGCACCUGAAAUGUUAUGUAACUGUAAGCAAUUAAUGCUUGUCAUUUAUCCUGUGCCUGUAUUUGUACUGGGCUUUGUGAUAAUUGUAUCCUGUGCUGGACUAGCAUUAUUUUACGCGUGAAUGUAUUUAUGCUGCACCUGUUGAAUAGUAAUAUAUGGCAAUAAAGUUACGUAUUCUGUC